AAUUAUGAACAUCUAUGUCUUAACCAAAUGGGAUAAAAUGCUAAAGCAUUGAGCACUUGAUGUAGAUUUGUACUUUUGACUUCUUACUGAAAAGGAACUAAAAAUAUUUAAAUCUGUUGGUAAACAUGUUUUGCGCUUAAUUGAUUGAUAAAUUUGCCAUUUACAGAAUUCUGUUGUAACUGAUCACAAGUGGUUAAUAUUUAGCCAUCACUAGAGACUGAAAUGUUUCUAAAAAUAGAAAAUUUCCUAACUGUAACUAAGACUGAUGGAAGUAAGGGAAACAACCCUACAUGUAAAAAGUAGAUAUGUAAGAAAGAUGAGGAAUGAGAAUACAUUUUGUUAAAGAUAAAAGGUAGUUUUGUCCUAAAUGAUAUGGUUGUUUUAAAGGAAAUGGCUUGGGACAAAACCUGAAUGCAAAAGAAAGUUGUAGAAGGUUUGUGAAGGGAAAUCAUCAGAAAAAAAAAAAAUAGGUAUGGUCAGACGGACUACCAAAAGAAAAACGCUGUAAGGUUUUUAUUAAAAGGGUAGUUGUUGGAAGAAACACACCAUGAAAUCACUCUUUUGGUUUUGUUUUCUGGCUCUGACAUCAUCCUCACUUCUGUUGCUAGAAGCAAAUCACCAAAAAAUCCACAAUGCGUUCACUCAGGGCAGAGCGGGCAAUCCAGGUAGAGGACAGAGUCUCUACAGGAGGAAGGGUCCCCAUACCCAGUGUCUUCAGAGGGUGCAGGGAUGAAGGCUCUGCUGAGGCUCUUGGACCAGAAGCUCCCGGCCACACCCGCCCCUGUUGUGUGCAAGUGCGUGCAGGGGUUCCCCCAGCUGGUCCAGGGGAGCCUGGGCCAGGCCCUGCCCCUGCUGGCUGCCGAGGGGUACCCAGGGUGGGGCUCCCCGGGAGCCUUCCCUCUGGGGCACUGUGUCCUGGGACAGGACCUUCCUCCAGGCCCGGACACCUGUCCUCUCACUUCCUGCCGUGCUGGGCCCUGCUGCCCAGAGGGACCAGACUCUCCCUGGACCCCAUCUGCCCUCGGUCACUCCUCGAGGCUUCCAGCACCCUGAGAGCACGGCAUAGGCGUGACGAGACAGAGAAGCCGCAGACACAGAGCCAGACGUGGUGAAGGGACCGAGACAUGGAUGCCGGCGCAGAGGCCUGGGACAGGCUGGACGAGGGCACCUUCACCGACAACUUCCACAAUGAAAUCUGGGCGUCCAGGACCUAUCUGUGCUAUGAGGUCGAGCAUCCCGGUCAGGGAUCCGGGAUUCCUCCGGGCCAGGACAAGGGUGUCCUACGCAAUAAGAGUGACCCGGACCCCAUGCUCUCGCGCCAUGCGGAGUCCUUCCUGCUGGAGCGGAUCCAGUCCUGGAAACUGAACCCGGAACACCAGUACAGGGUCACCUGCUUUCUCUCCUGGAGCCCCUGUGCUGAUUGUGCCCAGCGUAUGGCUGAGUUUCUGGGGGACAAUAGGCACGUGAGCCUGAACCUCUAUGCCUCCCGCAUCUACAGCCUGGGACAGUAUGAGCAGGGGCUGCGCACCCUGAAGAGGGCUGGGGCCAGCAUCGCCAUCAUGACCGCCAGGGAGUUUGAACACUGCUGGGACACCUUCGUGCUCCACGAGGGAAGAAGCUUCCAGCCCUGGGAGGGUCUGGACAAGGAGAGUCAGAAAUUCUCUGAGACCCUGCAGAGCAUUCUCCAGCAGGAAGCCUGAAGGAUGGACUUCAGUCUCGACAAAGACCACGCAGGAGAGGCCUCUGUGAACAGCAGAAUAAAACAUUUCCUCCCAAGCCUGCAGACCUGCUCUCCACCGCCCUCCAGAUUUUUCCACGAAAACCAGCAAAAGGCCAUGAGCCCAGAAGAAGUCGUCUUGAAAGAAACAAUCUGAGUAGAUUUACUUGUCCUGGAAAAUCUAUCUUAGGUUCAAAUAUACGGGUUAAGAUCAUACUCACAGCUGUCAGAAGAGUUUUCCACAUUUAGAGAAGUGACGAAUUGAUGUCAA